AUGAUGUCUUUCCUCGGCGGCGCCGAAUGCUCGACCGCAGGGAACCCACUGAGCCAAUUCACAAAACACGUACAGGAUGACAAGUCGUUACACCGGGACAGGCUUAUGGGGCGAGGGCCCGCAGGUCUGCAAGAAAGCUUCAGGAGUCAAGUGAAUGGGCCAAGCGAAGAUAAGAUGAUGCAAGAUUUCUUACAGCAUAAUGGUCAGCUCCACCAAGAUGUACCCCAACCCUUCGCAAUGGAGCAGAUGCGAAGAGACUUGGAUGGCUAUCGAACAACCACCCCCCGAAUACACUCACCUGGCUGGGCAUCGGAAUUCGAUCGCGGAGAGCAAGCGCGCUUGGAGGCUGCGUUCCAAGCGCCAAAAUCUGGAGGCUUUGUCCCUGCUGGCUUUACACCAGCUGAGUUUCAGCGAUUCCAGCAGAUUGAGAGGAAUGGAUCAGCUAGGGUUGGGAGUCCAACCUCGUACACAGAUCUAGGGAUGAAUGGCUACAAUAGAUCGAUGGGAAUGGGCUACGGAAUGAAUAUUGGGAUGAUGGGCUCACAGUAUAGGCCAAUGGGCUUGCAGAGGAGACCGUCAGAACAGCAGACCACUGGCAAAGGAAAAGGACGAAUGGUGGAGCUUGAUGAGAAAGAUUGGGAACAGCAGUUCGCAGAAAUGGACGCAGAAACUCAACGCGAUUUAGACGCUGAAGCAAACGCAGCGAUAGAGCAGGAGCUCAAUAACAUGGACAGAUCCAUGAUGGAUAAUGGCGAAUACGGUAUGCACAUGGGCGAGGAAUUACCGUUACGAGACUACGAUACUUGGGACAACUUUGACAGCAACUUUCAUGACGGUUACCGGGAUCCUCAGAUGGGCAAUUAUACUUUUGAAGAAGACAAUCCUUUCAGCGCAACUAAAGACCCGUUCGAAGAAGGCAUCAAAGUAAUGAAUGAGGGUGGUAAUCUUUCCCUGGCCGCUCUCGCUUUCGAAGCCGCUGUACAGAGAGAUCCGCAACACGUACAAGCCUGGUGCCAACUCGGCAGCGCACAAGCCCAGAACGAAAAAGAGUCGCCAGCCAUUCGCGCUCUCGAACAAGCUAUCAAGCUCGAUCCCAAAAACCUCUCAGCCUUAAUGGGUCUCGCUAUAUCAUAUACAAACGAGGGUUACGACUCCACCGCCUACCGCACUUUAGAACGCUGGGUUUCAACAAAGUAUCCUCAGAUCGUUUCUCCCGAUGACCUUACCCCGCCAGGUGAUUUCGGUUUCACAGACCGCCACGUUCUCCAUGAAAAGGUGACGACCCAAUUCAUCCGCGCAGCCCAACUCUCCCCAGAUGGCGAACACAUGGACCCAGACGUGCAAGUGGGUUUAGGCGUGCUCUUUUACGGUGCAGAAGAGUACGGCAAAGCUGUUGAUUGCUUUGAAUCGGCGCUUACAAGCACUGAGUCUGGAACAACUAAUGAACCUCACCAAGCGCACCUUCUCUGGAAUCGGUUGGGCGCCACACUCGCAAACAGCGGCCGCAGCGAAGAGGCAAUCGCAGCAUACGAAAAAGCUCUAACCCUAAACCCCAAUUUCGUCCGCGCUCGUUAUAACCUCGGCGUUUCCUGCAUCAACAUCGGUGUGCUCCCCCAAGCGGCACAGCACCUCCUUGGCGCACUAAGUAUGCAUCGUGUCGUCGAGCGCGAGGGCAUGCAACGUGUCAAGGAGGUCAUAGGCGAGGAUCCAGAAAGUAGUACGAUCGACGAAAGCGAUGUGGAGAGGAUGGUGGGUAUGAAUCAAAGUACGAAUUUGUUGGAGACACUGAGGAGGGUUUUUAUGAACAUGGGAAGAAGAGAUCUGAUGGAGAAGGUGGAGCUGGGAAUGGAUAUUGAGCAGUUCAGGGGGGAGUUUGAUUUCUGA